CGCUACUUACCAUCAGUGAAUUCAGUUCAAACCAAACAUUCACAUUAUCUCACAUUCAAAGCAAACGUUGCGAUGGCAUUCAAGUUUCUGAUUAUUUUCGCUUUCAUUGCUGCUGCCAAUGCCGGUCUUCUGCCAGUGGCUCGAGUAUACGGCGCCACUCCAGUUGUAGCUGCUGCUUCUCCACUUUUAGCCAGAACCAUUGGUGAAUAUGAUCCACAUCCACAGUACAAUUAUGCCUACGAUGUCCAAGAUUCCCUCACCGGAGACUCAAAGAGCCAAGUUGAAGCUCGUGAUGGAGACGUUGUUCGUGGUCAAUACUCCUUGAUUGAUGCUGAUGGUUUCCGAAGAAUUGUGGAUUAUACCGCUGAUCCAAUCAAUGGAUUCAACGCAGUAGUUCAACGUCAACCACUAGGAGCCGCCGUUGUUGCAAAAGCAGUUGCCCCCGUUGUAGCAAAAACCGUCGUUCCUUCUGCCUAUGCUGCACCCAUCGUUGCGAAAACAAUUGCUCCUAUUUCUUAUUCAGCUCCAGUAGCAUACGCCAGUCCAGCAACUGCUGUUGCUAGAACUUCACUUACCUCUUCAGUUGUAUCAUAUGCCUAUUAGUACAACACUAGAGUUAGUUGAAAAUUAGUUUUAGA